AUGGCCUCGCAGCUUUCACCCCAGGAAAUCCAUCCAGCAUCGGCAGUCGUGGCGAAGGACGACUUGGUGAUCCCUCUCAUCGACUUUGCACCUUUCUUUGAAGGCACCCCAUCCGACAAGCAUGCCGUGGCCCUCGCCAUCAUCAAUGCAUUUCAAACCUCUGGAUUCUUCUACCUCAAAGCCCACGGCAUCCCACCCUCCGUCGUCUCCCGGGUCUUUACCUCAUCGACGCGGUUCUUCGGUCGGCCACAGAGCCAAAAAGACGCGCUGGGCUGGACGACCCCACAGGCGAACCGUGGAUACGUUGCUGUCGGCCGGGAGAAGCUGGCUCGCGUCGACGAGCCAACAUCCAUCGAGUCCCUCCGGGCAUCGAACCCGGACCUCAAAGAGACGAUGGAGAUCGGCCGCGAGGGUGUCAACGGACUGCCCAAUCGCUGGCCGGACCAUCUCGACGAUGAGGGGAAGAACUUCAAAGAAACCAUGCAGGCGUUUUUUGAUAGCUGCAAGCUGCUCCAUGUGCAGAUCAUGCGCGCUAUUGCUUUGGGAAUGAAUCUGCCCGAGCAUUAUUUUGAUGCACUGGUCGGCGAUGGCGAUAAUACUCUUCGCUUGCUGCAUUAUCCCCCUGUGCGCAAGGAUGUCUUCCGCGAUACAUCCGCCCAGAUCCGGGCUGGCGAGCACACCGAUUAUGGGUCUAUCACCCUACUUUUCCAGGGCCGACAUGGCGGCCUUCAAGUGCGUAGCCCCAAGGGCACUUUUGUGCAUGUGUUGCCCCUCGCCGAUACUAUCGUGGUGAACGCCGGGGACUUGCUCGCGAGAUGGUCUAACGAUACCAUCAAGAGUACUCGCCACCGGGUGAUCGAGCCGCCCAGACCGGCGGGGGAGGAUGUCGCGAACGAGGCUUCAGACUCCUACCCGGCUCGAUACAGCAUUGCGUACUUUUGCAACCCCAACAUGAACCAAGUCAUUGAGGCGUUGCCCGGGACUUAUGGGGAUGAUAUACAGAUCGCGAAGAAAUAUGAAGCUAUCACCACUGGAGAGUAUUUGACUCAGAGACUGGGGGCGACCAUUUGA